ACAUGAGAAAGCAGAGCCAAGUGUACGGCGAGAAUGGAGUGGACGCCCCUGGCCAAGAAGCGGGCUGUGGUAAAUAGGAAAAGCGUGCUUAGAACUAAUGACCCAAAACAGCGCGGGAGCCCUGCAGCCCUGCGUGAGUGACGUUCAGAUUGGCCAGGAACGUCCUUUGAGCAUAUAUUUAUAAGGUGCCGCCUGUGUGCUGGUCUCUCGGACAACUUGUUGACUCAUUUAAAUCUCACAGCCACCCGGUGAGAUCUUCAGUUUAGAUCUUGGAGGCAUAUCAACUGUUGUUCUAAAUGGAUAUGACAUAGUAAAGGAAUGCCUUGUUCAUCAAAGUGAAAUUUUUGCAGACAGACCAUGUCUUCCUUUAUUUAUGAAGAUGACAAAAAUGGGAGGCUUACUUAAUUCCAGAUAUGGCCGAGGAUGGGUUGAUCACAGAAGAUUAGCUGUAAACAGCUUUCGCUAUUUUGGAUAUGGCCAAAAGUCUUUUGAAUCUAAAAUCUUAGAGGAAACAAUUUUUUUCAUUGAUGCUAUUGAAACAUACAAAGGUAGACCGUUUGACUUUAAACAAUUAAUAACGAAUGCUGUAUCAAACAUAACCAAUCUGAUCAUUUUUGGAGAAAGAUUCCGUUAUGAAGACACUGAUUUCCAACACAUGAUUGAGUUAUUUAGUGAAAAUGUGGAACUAGCUGCCAGUGCCUCAGUCUUCCUGUACAAUGCCUUUCCAUGGAUUGGCAUCUUACCUUUUGGAAAACAUAAACAGCUGUUUAGAAAUGCAGCAGUGGUCUAUGAUUUCCUCUCCAGACUUAUUGAAAAGGCUUCAGUCAAAAGACAGCCUCAGUUACCUCAACAUUUUGUUGAUGCAUAUUUUGAUGAAAUGGAUCAAGGUAAAAAUGAUCCAUCAUCUACUUUUUCCAAAGAAAACCUAAUUUUUUCAGUGGGUGAGCUCAUCAUUGCUGGAACUGAAACUACAACCAAUGUGCUACGGUGGGCGAUUCUUUUCAUGGCCCUUUACCCUAACAUUCAAGGACAAGUUCACAAAGAGAUUGAUUUAAUUAUGGGCCGCGAUGGGAAGCCUUCUUGGGACAACAAAUGCAGAAUGCCUUAUACUGAGGCAGUUUUGCAUGAAGUUUUAAGAUUUUGUAAUAUAGUUCCACUAGGCAUUUUCCAUGCAACCUCUGAAGAUACAGUUGUACGUGGUUAUUCCAUUCCAAAAGGCACAACAGUAAUUACAAAUCUUUAUUCUGUACACUUUGAUGAGAAGUACUGGAGAGACCCAGAUGUGUUCUAUCCUGAGCGAUUUCUAGACAGCAGUGGAUAUUUUGCCAAGAAAGAAGCUUUGGUUCCUUUUUCUCUAGGGAGAAGACAUUGUCUUGGAGAACAGCUGGCACGGAUGGAAAUGUUCUUGUUUUUUACAGCAUUGCUUCAGCGGUUUCAUUUGCAUUUUCCACAUCAAUUAGUUCCAAGUCUGAAGCCCAGGUUAGGCAUGACACUGCAGCCCCAGCCCUACCUCAUCUGUGCUAAAAGACGAUGAGAGUUCAUGGAUAUUUUGGUCAGCUAGAGUGUAUGUUUGCUUCAUACUUGAACUUCGUUUAAUCAAUGUGUGCGUCUGGACAAAAAUCACAGCAUCAUGAAGCUAAAUGAACACAGAUUUGUCUGUAAAAACAGUAGCAUUAGCUAUGAACUUGUUUCACGAUUAUGUGACUUCUAACAGAAUUCUUUUAUGAGGAACACAGAGGUGCAAAUGAUAGGUGUUGCUUAAGGUGCUAAGAAAGGGGGCAGGUGUUGUGGUGCAGCAGUUUAAGGCAUCAAAUUAGGAUUGCCCACAUCCCAUAUCUUUUCAAUCCAGCUUCUUGCUAAUAGCACCUGAGAAAGCAGCAGAUGAUGCCCCAAGUACCUGGGUCCCUGCCACCCAAGUAGUAGACCCAGUUGGAGUUCCUGGCUCCUUGCUUCAGCUUGACCCAACCUGGCUGUAAACUGGGACACUUGAGCAUGAUGAGGUGAUAUUAAUUAUUAUGUCAGGACAACAAGAAUAAAUUGUAACUGCCAUGAACAAACUGAAAUGUUUAGCCAUCCAUCUAUAGCUAUUUUUACGUUGUCAUUUUUUCUAAAGUUGUACAAUAAGAGCUCAUGUUUGUGUAAUUUGACUCAUGAAUAAUUGUAGCCACAGAGUAAGUGCACAUAACAAUUACUUAAUAAUUUGGAUUUCACCUUAGUUUGGCCUCAUUUGUUAAAUAUUUUCAAGUUUCUGUGUUAUAAAUAAGGGGUCUCUGUAUCUCUGAUAUAUUAAGAUGUUUCCAGUUGCAAGGGAAAGAAAAUCCUAUGCAAAUUUACUUAAAUAGGGGCAGGAAUUUGGCAUAGCAAUUAAGAAGUUGGUUAGAACAUCUGCAUCCUAUAUUGGAGUACCUUGGUAGCUUCUCAGCUCUAUUUCCCAAUUCCAGCUUCCUACUAAUGUGUACCCGGAGAGACAGUGGGAAAUGGUUCAAGUAGUUGGGUCCCUGCCACCCUCAGCUCCCAACUUCACAGGUGGUUGCAGGCAUUUGAAGAGUGAACUAAUGGAUGAUAGUUCUUUGUUACUUUCUCAAAUAAAUUAGUUAAUUUUAGAGAAAUCUGUAGACAGUGUGGAAGUUUUAGGAUUGGUAUAGCCUAGAUGAUCCGUGGUGUAACUGAAGAACCAGUUUGUCUUCAUUCUUCAAUUUUGCCUUCCAGAUGGUGCCAGUUUUAUCUUAAGGCUGGCUUGUGGACGUAUAGGUACUUUGCCUAGCUCCAUAAAGAACAAGUCUGGAUUGUUUCUGGAGAGCAAGGGAGUUUUUGGGAUGUCCUCAGAAAACUGUUUUUUGUGUCCUACAGUAUGAAAAGAAGCUGUAUAUCAGAAAACUGGUUAUGCUAUCUCCCUGGGCCUUUCCUCUGCCCACUUGCUAAGCCAGACAGCUUUCCAACUUAUCUUUCUCAAUCUUUUUUUAAAUAUUUAUUUAUUUAUUUGAAAGUCACAGAGAGGCAGAGAGAGAGAGAAAGAGGUCUUCCAUCCACUGGUUCACUCCCCAAAUGGCUGCAAUGUAGAGCUGGGCCAGUCCGAAGCCAGGAGCUUCUUUCGGGUCUCCCACAAAGGUGCAGGGGUCCAAGUAAUUGGGUCAUCCUCUGCUGCUUUCUCAGGUACAUUAGCAGGGAGCUGGAUCAGAAAUGGAGCAGGCUGGACUUGAAGCGGCACCCAUAUGGGAUGCUGGUGCUGCAGGCACCAGUUUUACCCGCUAUGCAACAGUGCCAGCCCUAGCUUUCUGAAUUUUGACAAACAUUCCUAGUCAAGUUGCUUCUUAAUUUUUCUUCAGUACGGCAGAUCUCUCCUACUUACUGUCCUAUCUCAUAUAGAAGCCUAAGCUAAACUCUACAGACUGGGGCUUCUGGAGGCUUGACAAUCUUAUGUAACAAAGCAAUAUAGUGAAUGAAGUAAAUUAUAAUAAAAAUUGAGGAGGCUUUAUUUUACUUUUAAGUACUACUCCUGUUGCCUCUAGUACCCUUUAAACUCUAUAAACCUAUUUUCUUACCUUUUAUCUAAAGUAAUAUUUGCAUUUUCCCUUAAUUAGGUUAAUGUAAACUUGCUAAAAAUCAAGAUACAGAAUCAUAAACUGUUAAAGGUAGACAACCCUUAUCUCGCUUAUCAUGCUCAAUUUACAGUACACAAAGUAAUUGUUCAGAUAGAUAGUUAUUUCUCUACUGAAUGGUAGAGGAAUGCCUUUUUUUAUCCCAUACUCUUUACUCACACCCAGUUAUUCUAUGCUUUAUACGCUGUAAGAUUUUUUUUUUCAUAUACUGUAAACUCUUAACUAUUUGCAGUCAAUAAACUGUGAUAAAAAUAAAACAAUAUUUCUAGAUAAAUUAACAUGAAUUAGCAAAAAUACCUAAUUUUUAAAAAUUACAUGGUUACAUCCAUUGAGUCUAUGCAGUGGGAAUACCUUCUUUCUCACCAGUGACAAACUACUGAUUAGAAUAUUGAAAAUACAACUUCUGAUUCAAGAUAGCAACAGGAAGCACACAUUUCUCAAAUACUGCUGAAAUAAUAUAAUCACAGAAAAAAAAACAGUAUUGAGAAUGGGGGUAGAGGGCAAUAUUAAUGCAGUAGGUAUUUUCAAGUUCUAGAAGAUGAAAGGUAAAUGGGAAAAUAUUAAAGGAACUAUAGAUGAGGUCAUACAAGACGAAGCCUGAGGUUGAGAUGAGAACCCAUUCUUCAUAGGAUAGCUGUGGAGAAAACCAGUGGGUAAGAAGAGCAAAUAAGGAGAGUACAAAUGGAGGAAAAUAUAAAGCUGACUGAGUCUUUGGGGUAAGCAGCUGAACAAUUUGCCCCAUCCCCACUUUGCUUUCUCCUUCUGUUUGUGUACCUGUAGAAUUUCCCACCAGUAUUGAAAUAAAAAUGUAAAUGAAUUGAGUAUUAUCCCCAGGAUAGUUAUACUCCUAUAUGGGAUUAGUGUCCUAGAUUGAAGACAACUUAUUUUGAUCUGAAUUUGAACCUAAAUUUCUGUAUCACCCAAAUAAUCAAGGGUAAGGGCAAAUUUAAGUGAAAUAAGUGGUGAUUGAGGAAAUAUGAGCAAAAGGACUAGCACUGAAUAGUGAAUAAGUUUAAAUGCAAGUUUAGAAAUAACACGAAGACAAAGGUGGGGCAAGUGUGAUAAUAUCUAAAAAAAUAGUGACUAUAAAAAUAUCUAAAAUAAUAGUGACUUAAAAGCAAAUACAUGGUAAAAUUAUAAAGAAUUUAUGAGUCAGUAGCCAUCAAAAUAAGGUCUAAAAUAUGGCUUAUGGUAAUUUCUCAAGUAAAAUUUGAUCUAUUAAUAUUAUGUGCUAUGUAAUAUACUCUCAUAUCCAUUUCCUAUUGAAGUUUCAGAGAGAUAAUUUUUUGGGGUUUCUUUGUACUACUUCUUUUGGUAUAUGGCGAUUAUUCAGUGAUGGUUAAAUAAUUUAGGAGUUAUAUAACUUAAAAAUGAGUUUCCAAUAAUAGUAUUUUAAAAGAAUCAAAACAUGUUUCUUUUGAAAAAUAUAAAUAUAUAUUUUUUAUUUUUAUAUAUAUAUUUAUAUAAAUAUAAAUAUAAGAGUGGGAAAAAGAGAGGGAGGAGAUGUACAAUUGGGGACAUGCCCCAAAUGGUGGAGUUAGAAACAUGCCAGGGGAUUCCAAUACAAUCCCAUCAAGGUGGCAUGUACCAAUGCCAUCUCACUAGUCCAAGUGAUCAAUUUCAGUUCACAAUUGAUCACUCUGAUAGGUCUAAGAGUCAAAGGGAUCACACAAACAAGACUAGUGUCUGCUAAUACUAACUGAUAGAAUCAAAAAGGGAGAGAACGAUCCAACAUGGGAAGCGGGAUACACAGCAGACUCAUAGAAUGGAAGAUGUCCUAAAUAGCACUCUGGCCUCAGAAUCAGCCCUUAAGGUGUUCGGAUCUGGCUGAAGAGCCCAUGAGAGUAUUGUAGGCAUAGAAAGCCAAGACACUCUGGCAAAAAAAAAAAAAAAAAAAAAAAAAAAAAACACCUAAAUGAAAGAUCUCUGCAAGUGAGAUCCCAGUGGAAAGAACAGGGCCAUCAAAGAAGGAGGUACCUUUCUCUAAAGGGAGGAGAGAACUUCCACUUUGACUAUGACCCUGUUGGAAUAAGAUCAAAGUCGGCGAACCCUAAAGGCUUCCAUAGCCUUGGCAACUCAUGACUAGAGCCUAGGGAGAUUACUGACGCCAUAAACAAGAGUGUCAAAUUGUUAAGUCAACAACAGGAGUCACUGUGUACUUAUGUCUCAUGUGGGAUCUGUCCUUAAUGUGUUGUCCAAUGUGAAGUGAUGCUCUAACUAGUACUAAAACAGUAUUUUUAUACUUUGUGUUUCUGUGUGGGUGCAAACUGAUGAAAUGUUUACUUAGUAUAUACUGAAUCGAUCUUCUGUAUAUAAAGAUAAUUGAAAAUGAAAAAAAAAAAAAAAAAACCUGGUGUUAAAUUGGUCAUUGCAUAGAAAAUUAAUCAAUUUUUAAAAAAUAGCAUGUAGGAUCCCUGUCUUUAAUGUGCUGUACACUCUUAUUUAAUGCUAUAACUAGUACUCCAACAGUAUUUUUUCACUUGUGUUGCUAUGUGGGGGCAAACCGUUGAAAUCUUUACUUAAUAUAUACUAAGCUGAUCUUCUGUAUAUAAAGAGAAUUGAAAAUGAAUCUUGAUGUGAAUGGAA